AUAUAAUUUAAUCAAAAUAUAUUCCUUAGCUUCAGAAUAUGAUUUUUUGUAGAUUAACAUGUUUCUCAGUGCUUCAUUGGUGCUCUGAAUUUGAAAGGAAUUAAAUUCCUAGAAGUCAUUUUUAUCUCACAAAAAUUAAUCAAUCAUUCUUUUUUUAAAAAUGCUAAUUUUUGAUUAGUGGUGAUUGAUCUUUUGCAUUUUAUUUAUGUUCUCUCUGAAACUAAUACUUCAUAUAAUAAAAUCUUAUGCAAUAGAAAUAGACCUGUUGCAAUAUGUAAAAUGGUUUUGUGUUUAGGUUUUUGGUUUCCAUAAAGAGAAAUUGACAUGUCUGAAAAGAUUAAUGAAUCAAACCUGACAGAGAAGAAAAAAAUGACAGACCAAGAACGAAUUGAACUUGCCACUAAACUGGAUAAAGAAUUAGAUGAUUUCAUUUCAGGAUUAGAAAAAAAAGCUGACAAAUGGAAAGAAGGUGCUGAUUGGCAUAAGGAAAUGGAAAAUCAUCCAUUUUUUAUGAAAACAUUACCAGAUGGUGGUGAAGUUUCUCCUCUUGUUGAAGGUUUACAGCAAUUGAAGUAUAGCAAAGAAGAAAAUUCACCAGAAGAACUUGCAGUUUCUUACAAAGAAGAUGGUAAUUUCAAUUUCAAAUGCAAGAAUUACAGAAUGGCAAUCAUAAGUUAUACAGAGGGUCUUAGUCAGAAGCCAUCUAAUCCGGAAUUGCAGGCUCAGUUGUUGAAUAAUCGUGCUGCAGCCCAUUGGGAGUUGAAAAAUUUUCGAUCAUGUUAUAAUGACUGUAAAGCUGCCCUUAAAGCUUCACCAAUCUAUGUGAAGGCUGAGAAAAGACUUGCUCAAGUGUGUUUUGAAUUGCAUCUUUUUGAUGAAUGUGUUGAUUUGUGUGAUAAAUUACUUAAAGGUGCUGUUGAUAAUAAGUUAUCUUCAUUGAGAUUAAGGGCUUCGAAACAAAAGAAUGUUAGAGAUAGAAAUCUACGUAAAGAGGAAGUCAAAAAAAAAAAAGAAGAAAUAAAAAAAGCAACUUUGAAGAAAAUGAUUGAAGAAAGAGGCAUUAAGUUUUUUGAUAAGUCUUGUUGGGAACUUCAUGAAACAGUUCUUGGCCAAACAGUUCAAAUAGAUGGUGAUCAUCUUGUUUGGCCAGUAAUUAUUUUAUAUCCAGAAUAUAAAACAUCAGAUGUCAUAGAAAACUUCCAUGAAAAGAAUACAUUUCAGGAACAGUUAGACGUAAUAUUUGAGCAGCCUCCAGAUUGGGAUGCUGAAAGUAAAUAUACGCCAACAUCUAUCGUGGUUCACUAUGAAGAUGUUGAUGGAAAAAUACAUGUAGUAAACAAGAAUUCUACAUUGGGUUCGGUAUUGAAAGAGCCACAUUUCAGGGUUGAUGGGAACACACCUUCAUUUAUUGUACAUGCCAAGGAGACAGAAGCAUAUAAAAAAUUUCUGAACCAUUAUAACUAA